AUGGUGAGUGAGGAAAACUUUGAAGACCUGACCAUGGAAGACUAUCAGGACUAUUUCCUGAAACCACUGGCAAAGAGAAGCCUUGAGCCCAGUCUGCCUCCACUUGACCUGGGUGAUCAUGAAAGCUUGGAAAUGAUCCCUGGCAUGUUGCAGAAGAGACACAUCAACCCCUUUGAGGCCCUGACAAGAAGGGGAUCCUUUGACCUUCAGAAACAGGGUUCAUCAGUGGAAAACCAUCAGAGUAAUAUUGCUAGGUCCCCCAAAUAUGACUUGGUACUGAAGGAUGAGCUUGGAAAUGAGCUCCUUUCUCUGCUGAACCUUCUGAAAGAGGAGAUAACAUACCUCACAGAUGAUAAAAUCAUUUCCACUAAUGCCCCUCAUCAGCCUCAGUACUCUCGGAAUAUCCAGCCAGUUCUCCCACCCAUCAAUGUCAUAAUACCUGCUGCUGCUGCUUCUCAAUUGUCCCCAUUGCCAAAGAAGAGAAGUCAGAAGACCAAAGCCAACAAACCAGCUCUGCUGAGUUCCAAUCUGGUGGAACCAGAUGUUGCUGAGCGCUUGGUUAACCUGGUCAGAGACCUGAAAGUUGAGUUGAAGGAACUGGAAAAGUCUUCUUUGCAGAAACAUGCUUAUGCAAUUCCCAUUACCACAACCACUGAACCCUCAACAACAACAACACCAACAACAACAACAACAACCUUGGCAAGUGGGAACAGGAGAACUUUGGACUUGCUCAGAAGCAUUCAGGACAGGGUUGACAGGCUGAAGAAUUAUGAAACCUUCAGCAGUUUAGAACAUGAUGGUGGCCAAGUAACUUCCAGGGAGUUGGACAUGCUUGAAGAUUUGGUGUCCAUGGAGUCUUUGAGUGCUGGCCAGCAGGCAAAAGAUAAGCCCAUGAAUGGGUCCAGGUCCUACAAAACUCAAACAGUGACUGUCAAACCAGUUGAAAAGAAGACCACCACAGUUGCCAAAAGUGUUAAUAAGCCAAUAAAAGGUUUUCAAAAGAAAGCUUUUGUAAGGAAUCAAAAGCCUGUCAGUCCACCUGCUGUGACCCUUAAAAGUACCCUUCAUCAUCACUUGCAUAAAAAGCCAACUGUCCAGCACAAGAGGGCAAAUGAGAUCCUGAAGCAAGUGCCCACUACUUCACCAGCACCCAGCACCAACAUGUCCCUUAACAUUUCAGCAAGUGAUGGAUUCUAUGUUUAUGAAGACAUGCAGGAGCCUAUUGAUGUGAAGGCUUACCAUCCACAUUCACAGUCACCUCCUAACUUUGAAGUCAUCUACAGACCUCCAUCAGAAGCCAUGAAAAGUUCAAGGAUAAUCAUCAGAGGUCCUGCACAACCAGGAAGUGGACCCAUCCUCUCUUAUCCCCCUCCACCAGGGGACUGGCAAGCCUCUCAUUACCAACAGGAUGACUAUAAUGGCUACCAUUCUGAACAUAUUUGGCCUUCUGACCACCCCAUCCCUGUACACCCCCCAAUUGCCCCAUCUGGGGUAACCAAUGGCCUGAUAACCACUAAGACACAAAUCAAGUCCAGAAAUGUCCCUGUGCAUGCUGAGGGACAAAAUCUUAAAAAGUUUCUGGAGACCAAGUUGGACAAAGAAAUGGCCUACCUGAAGAAAGAACUGCAAGAUAUCAAGGAAAUCCACAAGAGCCACUACAGCAAACCAUCUACACAAGCACCAUCUCCUAAUCACAGCACCCACUAUUUCAAAAUCAAUAAGUCAAAUACCACUGUUGGUACCACCAGUAGUUCACCCCUCAGAGUGUACCAAAAGGAUAAGAGGCAUCCAGAAAGCAUAGUUAUCUUUGAAGCUGAAAUGCCAUCUACUGCUGUGGAUUCAAGAGAACCUGAAGAAGAUCUGCACUAUCAGAAUACUGCACCAACAUUUUUUCAGAAGCCACUUGGCCCUGCUGAUAAUUUGUCAAAAUUGUCCAAAAUUGUCAGGAAUAUUAUUGACCUGUUGGCCAAGGCAAGAGAGGCAAAGGAAAAAGGGAAAUUUUGUUAGUUCCAUGCAAAUAAAAUCAUUUCAUUUCACACCCAAUGACUUUGCAGAAAAUGGUGGGGCUCUUGUUUGCCAAGGUGGCUCCAUCUUGUCCCAUCUCCACUGAUCCAAGUUCCAGAGUAGAUAUUUUGCCUUCUGCCUUUAUUUGGGGACACAUGCACCACAAUCCCUCUGUCAUUGGGGAACAGUUCAUCACUGAAUGGAGGGAAAUUGUCCUCAGGCCAGCCAUCAGAAAACAAGUCGGUGUCCAGGUCAUCAUCAUUAUUGAACCUGGAAAUGGGGUCCAGCCUUCCUGGGUUAGGUUCCCUUUUCAGCAACUUCUUCAAUAUCACCUAAUGAUUAAUGAUCAAGUGCUGAAUAAAGUUGAGCUUUUAUUCAAAAGCAUAUUCACCUUUGGUA